UUUAAAGAUUGUUAAAUUACCUUUCGGACGAUAUACCCAUUAAAGUGUUAUGUUCAGCAAUACCUAAAAUAAUAGCUAUGAAUUCUAAAAAAAUACAUAGUAGUACUCCGUAUAUUAUAGUUUAUCAUUGGUGUAAAUAACUAGUACUCCGAUGAUAAACUAUGAAAGUUUAAAAGAACGUAUUUGUUAAUUAUCCCGCUAUUAUAACAAACUAAGAAUUAAAAUUAUAAAAAAUACAAUGUUAAGUGUGUUGAGAAGGUGUAUACAUUAUAAUGUACAGAUUUGUGUGUAGGCGCGGAACGUGUGACGGUGACGUGUCCCGCGUGUCGGCUGCAGUGCCAAGUGGCCAACAUGAUCGACCAGAGGUUCGUGCUCGAGAAACUGACCGUGGAACAGGCGGGCUCUACAGGGCUGAGCGGUGAGCAGCAGUGCAACAGCUGCGAGGACACGGAGCCGGCUACCAGCUACUGCGUGGACUGCGCCGAGUUCAUAUGCGACAACUGCGUCAACGCACACCAGAGGUUAAAAAUAACAAAGGAGCACACGAUAAAGAGCAAGCAGGAGGCGGUGGCGGAGCUGCAGGCCGCGCAGAACUCGCACGACAUGUUCUGCAGAUACCACGUGCAGGAGAGGCUCACGCUGUUCUGUGAGACGUGCGACCGGCUCACGUGCCGCGACUGUCAGCUGCAGCAGCACCGCGACCACAAGUACCAGUUCAGCACCGAGAUGGCCGCGCAGGCGCGAGCCAGCAUCGCGGCGCUGCUCUCGGAGGUGAGCUACAAGCGCGUGCUGCUCGGCUCCGCCAUGAAGGUGAUCCGCGACCGGCAGGCGCUCAUAGCCGACAAGAAGAAGGCGCUCGUGCACGAGAUCACGCAGACUGUAGUCAAGUUAACGAACGCCAUCAACACUCGCGGCAAGCAGCUGGUGCUGAGGCUGAACGAGGUGUGUGACGCGAAGCAACGGACCCUCAGCGAGAAGAAGGACGCGCUCGAACAACUGGCCGCCAUCACCGACCACUGCGUCUCCUUCGUGAACGGCGCCCUCGAGCAGGGCAGCGACACCGCGGUGCUGUACAGCAAGCGCGCCGUGUGCGCGCACCUGCAGCGCAUCAAGAGCAGGCGCGCGGACAUACCGAACCCGGAGAUACCGGUGCGCAUCAGCCUGGCGCUGGACAAGCUGCCGGACCUUGUGCGCGUGUUGUCGAGUAUCGGCGCUAUAGUGGUGGACGGCAAGGUGGACGGGGCGGGGGGCGCGCAGGGCCCGUACCACCCGCCCGCCGCGCCCGCGCCCGCACCCGCGCCCGCGCCCGCCUCCGCCGCCGCCCCCGCGCCCGCCCCCGCUCCCGCCUCCGCCAUUAUGGCGCUGCAACACGUCGCCAUGCACCAGCGAAGUACUAUUCAGCCGAUACGACCGCCCACCAGUGGCGUGAUGCGACGCAGGGUGACCAUCACCGCAGUACCGCCGCUCAAAGAGAGAGUGUUGCCAUUACGCAAAGAGUAUAGUGCUACAGCUCUACGAUGGCAAAGGGCACAGUAA